GCGCGGCGAAGGCAAAGCGCCGGAAGUGGCGCCUUCUUGCUAACGGGCCUGCGUUCGGCGUCGGUUUUGCCGCGGUUUUCGCUGAAUGACCAGGUGGUUGUAACUGAGGAGGCUGGCACCAUGGUGGAGGUAAGAGGGCAAGGGUGGGACUGCCGAGGCUCGUGGCGCGACGAGUUGAGGGCCGUUUCGCUCCUUCGCGCCGCUUUUUUUGGGGGGGGGGGUCAGCUGCGCGAAAAUGAGACCCUUUGAAAUCAGCUGGAUGAGGCAGUCGCUUGUCUUCGGUUUGGGCGUAGAGCUGGACCUGCCUUCCUCCCACGCCGGCUGUGCCUUAGAAAGGGUCGAACCGGAGCUUGUGUGUGUCGGCGAGAGUGAGGAGCUUGGAGAGUUGCCUUCAAAAUCCUUCCCGAUGUUGGCUUGGAGGAGGGUUUUCGCAAAUUCAGGGUGUCUUACAGGCAGUCAGAUAGUAAGCAUGAAACGUGAAGGUAGUCAUGGAAAAGCUCAAGAAUGAGUGUUGACUUGCCGAAAUGGCAAAAAUUUAACUGGGAAGCUCAGAAAUCGAGACAAGAAGAAUGGGGAAAGUUUAUAGCUUAUUCACGAGACCACUGUAAGCAAGUUAAAACAUUGGCAAAAUUUUAAUCACACUUGUAAAGUAACAGAAAGUAUGGAUAAUUUAGAAGGACAAAAAUUUGGGUAAGUAUUGAUACACAGUUGUAAAUAUCAUCAUUAGGACCCAUGGAAGGGAUGGGGGGAAGUCAGGAGAUUCAGAGUAAUCUCAGUAUUUGGAUUUGGAAUUGUUUUUUGUUACAUGUUUAUACCUUUUAAAAAAUCAAAUUAUUUUUUUAUAAAAACAAAUUAAUCCCACUUCAGAAAUAACACCUCAUGGAUUCCAUCAGUACACGAACUAGCCCCUCUUUCUGGCAUUCAAACAUGCCAGUGAACAUCCAUCAGUGAUAGUUGGUAGCCAAAGGGGCUCUCAGGUGGUUCUGGAUUUAGGAAUGAUGCAGGAAUGUUUGGUUGCUGCUGCUUUACCUUCAUCUGGUGGUAAAGACUGAAGAGUUAUUUUUAUAUGUAUCUCUUCUGAAUAAGAAAAAAUUGUUCAUUUGAAGAGUGUAUGCCUUGAAUGCAGAAGGCCUCCCAUUCCGUCACGAACCUAAAAAGCAUCUUUGGUGACAGAACUGGGAAACCAGAAAGGUCUGAGAUCAUGGAGAGUUACAUCCAUAAUAAGCAAUGCUGACAGUACAGGCUAUAUGCGUAGUGUUAAGUGUUUUUCCAUUUCCACGGAUAUUGAGGGUUUUUUUAAAAAAUAAAUAACACUUGGUGAACUUUUGUUUGCUUACUCAUGAAAAGUGACAGGAAAACUGCAUUUCCUUUUUAAAACUAGGUGCAGAAAUGUUGGGAAAUCCUUGUGCCUGGUCUGAGCUUUAUUGGUGUGCUGUGCUUACAUGCUCAUAAUCCUUUAAAAAAGCUGCAAUUAUCCCCAGAUCUACUUCAUUGUAAAAUAAGCUGUCUGUAAGGCACACAUACUGCCCAAGUGCUGUUCUUUUUUUAUUCCUCAAAUACUUGACUGAAAACACAGGUCAGGCAAUAGGAAGAGGAACACUGCUGUAUCCAUCUUGCCUGUACACAUACGUAGAGGGAUGCUGCUAUUACAUGCUGGGUUAUGCUUGUAUGGGGCCCAUGUGAGUUAAUUAUCCCAUGAUAAACCAUGUUUGUGGAUGAAUUAACUGAACAAAGAAUUCUAGAGUAUUUAGCUUUUCUGCAUUUUGCUACCACUCAGACAAAAGUAUUCACUGAAGAGCAGGGGAAGAAGUUUGUGUGAUAAAUGAAUUACUAUUUACCCAGAUCAUCAUCAGCUUCAGACCCUUUUUUCCAAGUACUAAAGAUAAUGCAUAAAAUGUCUGGUCCUAUUCGCAUGUUAAGUUAAGCCAAACCAAACCGUGGCUUAGGAUGCCAACUAAGUGGCCCUGCAUUGAUACAGGAACGCUAGUCUCCAUCUUGCAACAGCCCAAGAAGGCUGUGGAUGUAGUGCAGGGCCUUGCACAAAUUGGGUUUGAUGGCAGAGGGACAGUGUACCUGACAGCUAUCUAUUAUGUCAGAUUUGGUAUCUCAUUUUGCAGCCCUGAAAAGUUUGAAAGUUUGUCUUGAAGCACAAAUUCUAACCAGUACAGAGCCUUGUAGGAUAAACAGCAUCAUGUACCUUUCACUGAAGUGGCAAGAAUAUGAAUGACACAUUUCACAGACAUGCAGCCUCCACAUCCACAAUUUAUUUGUGUGUUAGAAAAUGGGAGUCAUUCCCGAACAACAUGGGUCAGCCAAGAGAUUUGGGGAGCACAAAUUCUGCAAACAGAACAUGAGUGUUAAGGGACAAGAGAGAAUGGAGGAUAGGAUAAGUAUAUGCAAGUGCCCAUUUUCCUAGCUGGAGAAUAAAAUCAGGUUGGCAGAAUUGCUGUUAAGAUGUUUAAAAGAGGCAGAGAUUUUAUUUAUGGUGUAAUGGAGUACAGAAGCAAAACAGUUUCAUCUACAUGGUGAACGGCUAUUGAAGUAAUGACUGCAUGAUACUGAAUAACAUUCUUUGUUAUUAAUAGUAGUUGGGGUUUCAUGUGUGAACCCAAAUACUUCCAUGCAUCCACAUAUCAUUUUGGGUGCAAAUGGGUUUAGUAGGUGCUUUUGUUAAGGAGUAACUGACUGGGACAAAUGUGUACACCCCACUUCCUCUGCAUUCGAGCAUGCAUCAGAUCCUUGGUCUUUUAUUCAUCAUUUGUUUGUCAUAGCUGCUUUGUCACAUAAACAAGGUAGGAAAUUCCAGUAUCACCAAUGUAAUUGACAUUGGCUUCCCAGUGUAGGAUAAUAGUAAAAAGCAGUUUAAUGUGGCCUCUGUAUUAACAUUAGCAUGCUAGCCUGAUCAACCAAGCAAGUAAUAGUUGAUUGGAGCCAACAAAAAAUGAGAAACAGUUCUCUGACUGGACAUGCAGAAAGCUAAUGGAUCAUGUUUAAUGUUCUGUAAAUAAUGUCCUCACUCUGUUUGUUUUUUAUCCAGUUUUACAAUGACAAUAAAUUUAGGGGAACUCUGGCCUCUAAAUGUAUAUGAAAGGUGACUUGCCAGAAAGGAAGUGCAGAGCUUUUAUGUUUGGAUUUACACCCAGUUCACCCUAGGAUGGAAAACAGACUUUUGACCAAAGCAUUAGUCUAAUGUCUUUGAUCUUGACACUCCGGAAAGGAAGAAAGUUAACUUAAUACUUCAUUUGGAAAGUUCAGUCAUAGUUUUUAGCACUUAGCAGAUUCUGUUGCAGAGUAAACAGGUACUUAUUAGGAUGGGGGCAAGAGCUAUGCUCCCUUUUCUCAUUUGUUUUUGGUACUUUGCCUUCUUUUUGAAUGGGGGUGGGGAAAGUGAGCUACACUUGUUCUAAAGGAGAACAAAAUAAAGUCAAGCUAGCCAUGUAUGCAUAAGUACUGUUAGUCUAAUACCUUUUCUUGGACUCAAUUAGAACAUCACAAUACUAGUGAAAGUAACAUUUAUGGGUUAUAUUUUUCUAAGUACACAUACUACUGCAAACUAUUUUUAAAAACAUUUUACAUUUUAGUAGCUAUUGUACUUCUGUUUAUUUCUAGGACACAUUUCUUUUAUAUACUGUAAAUUAAAACAAAACUAGAAUUGCAUAACAAUUUUAACAAGCAGCUAAAAACACAUACCAAAGAAGUUCACCAAAACAAAGUAUUUAGUAAACAUUAUUAUUUAGUAAAGAUGUAUCAAGUACAUACAUACUUACCGUAGAUAGUUAAACACAGUGAAUUGUAUCCAACUCAAUUAUGCUCAAAAUAGUCCAAUUGAAAUUUUAAUGCUACAAAUACAAUGUUCAAUGGGACUACAAAUAGUCCCAUUGAAAUUUUAAUGCUACAAAUACAAUGCUCAGGUCAAUCGCGAUCCCCACGAGGUUUUGCUAGAUCGCGGUCAAUCUCUGGCCCCCUUUCCUUAGCGUCGCUAAAACUGACUCCUGCCCCGCACCCUCGCCCCACCCUCCAUUGUUGCUUGAUCUCUGGAAGGUAAGAUGGAGCUUUCUUUGUGUUGCUGUUUUCAUUCAUAGCGAUCUUUUUGUGAAUGACUUUACCCCUUUGUCCCUUGUCUUUAACCCCCCACAAAACGGAAGUCCCCCCCCCAAAAGCUAUAUUUUUAAUCCAUUAAAAACUUUGAGCUGAACCCCCAAAAAACAGGGGUAGAUCACUGCCAGUUUUUAAUUCUGAAAGUAGAUCACAGUUUCUUGAGAGUUGGCCACCCCUGCUCUAGGGGAAGGAAAGGUCUCUCAUGUCAUCAUGCUGAACUUUAGACCUGAAAGAAGUAUUUUGUGUUUUCUUCUGUCUACUCCCAAACUUGGCAAGUUAUGAAGACUCUCACCAUUUGCCUCUUCUGACUUGGGAGAGAGAAGGCUGAUUUCUCAUAUAGUGUUUAUGUUUGAAUCAGAUAGAAGAGUAUGAGAUUUCUGUCUACUCUAGAGAUCAGGAGAAAUGAGAACCUUCCUUGAGUUAUCUGACAUGUGCAAAGGACUUGAGGAAGAGACGUGGGGGUGGGGGGGUCAGUGCUCGUCAAUGUUCGUUGAGCAUUUUUAAUGAAAUAGGUCUUACUAAAGAUGUGUCUGAAACUUUUCUCCCCUUUAGGAAGUACAAAAGCACUCUGUGCAUACCCUUGUUUUCCGAUCUUUGAAAAGAACUCAUGACAUGUUUGUGGCUGACAAUGCAAAACCAGUAUCAUUGGAUGAUAGGAGGUAAGGAGGAUUGCCAGUAAGCUAUUGGUGCUUUUGAAGCUACAAACCAGUCUAAAAACUUAAUCCAUUACUCAGCAACCCUAUUCCAUAGUAUCACAGUAUCAUUUUGAAAUGAACUAGUUCUUGAGGGCUUAGAAUCAACAUUGGAUUGUGUUUACAGUGAUGGAGGAUGAAGUUAAAACUCGGCUAUGUACCCAACUAAUCCUGUGUUUGUAUCACCCACUGAGUUUAUGCUGAAGUAUCAAAAAAGAUUUGGUGGGAUAUGCAUAGUCAGAAAUGCAUCGUCAAAAAACAACAACAAAAACAGAAGGGGGCAGAUUUGCUUAAAAUUUGUAUACUGUAGGCCAGCACAGGUGUACAGAUGCAAACUUAGAAACUGAACUGUGUCCUCCUGGCAGUGGAACAGAUGUCAUUGGUGGAGCAGAACUAUCCCCCUUCUGCAGCCUCCUGGAACCCCCAAAACCUGUUCUGGAGGUUUGUGGACCCUCUAUAGCACAUCUGGGCAGUGUGUGGAAGCUGUAGGGGGUAGGGUAGGAGAGGAAGGGAAGUUAUGUCUCAGAAGCAUGGCGCUGUAUUAAGUACAAUACAGUACUUAAUCUCACUAUAGUACAGUACAAUCUCACUAUAGUGGGAAUAACUGUGACCAGGUGAUCUGUGUGCCUGUUCAGCCUGUAGUCCAGGUACUAACUGUUGAAGGGGGAGGGCCUAGCUCUCCGUUUUUAGAAUUAUUUAUCCUUAACCUGGAUUUUGACUGGGCAGCCCUUUAAAUAGAGGGCUUUCCUUUAUAAACUAGGGCCUAUGAACACCUAGGGUGUAGUAAAAUCUAGAAAAUUGUAACAUUCAGUAACAUUCCUGUUUGCUGGACUAUUUAUCUAAAUACUUAGAAUACUGCAUCCCAAUAUAACUCCACAAGAACAUCAGAACUGUUAUCAGAACUCCUAAUUGCAUAUCUUACUUAAAGCAUGAGUUUGUUAUGAUAAUACAGUGCAUCAAAAAUAUACAUGUACUAAAGUGUUUUCUUACGCAGCCACAAAGUAAAGAUGGCCGUUAAACUUCGUACAGAGUACGGUUCUGUGCUUCACAUGCCUGUAUUGAAAGAAAAUGCUCGAGAGAAGGGUGCCCAUGGUGUGAUUGAUUCUUAUGGACAUAAGCAGUAUCUUCAGAAUCAAGGUAUGGCUACAGUUAUAAUUGUAUAAACCUGAGUAUAGACAUUUGGGCCCCAAUUGCAGUGAAAGAAUUUUGCUGCACUUUCAGUUACAAUGUGGUUACACAAAUGAGGACCCUGGAUUAUUAUUUUUUUAUCUUUAUUUCCUUUUCUUCUUUCAUGGACCCAAGGCAGCAUACAUGUGGUUGACAAAGACGUGGCAUGUGGAAGUGCAUAUUAAAUAUUUAUAGAACAACACGUCAGAAGACUUUGAAGUUUUUCAGACAGUUUUUUUUUUUAGACAGCUGGAUCGAGGCGGGUCGGGGCUGCUGAUUCUUCUAGAUCUGUCAGCAGCUUUCGACAUGGUCGAUCACGAACUUCUGGACCACCGCCUUGCCGACGUGGGGAUCCAGGGCACAGUCCUUCAAUGGCUGCGCUCGUUUCUCUCUGGUCAGGGACAGAGGGUGGCGCUUGGGGGGGAAUUGUCAUCGCGCCACUCCUUGGUGUGUGGAGUACCUCAGGGUGCGAUCCUCCCCGAUGCUUUUCAACAUCUUUAUGCGCCCCCUCGCCCAGCUUGUUCGGAGUUUUGGGCUGGGUUGCCAUCAGUAUGCCAAUGACACCCAACUCUAUCUGUUGAUGGAUGGCCAUCCUGACUCGGCCCCAGACACACUGACCAGAUGUUUGGAAGCUGUGGCUGGAUGGUUACGUGGGAGCCGGUUGAAGCUAAAUCCUUCAAAGACAGAGGUCCUGUGGCUGGGACGGGACGAUAUGGGAUUGGGGGCAACUCCCAUCUCUUGCGGGGGCGCAAUUAGUGCCAGCACCGUCCGUUAAGAGUUUGGGUGUAAUCUUCGACACCUCCCUUUCCAUGGAGGCGCAGAUUGCAGCUAUAACAAAGGCGGCAUUUUUCCAUCUCUGCCAAGCCAAGCAGUUGGCUCCUUACCUCUCUCGCCCUGACCUAGCCACUGUGAUCCACGCGACGGUCACCUCCAGACUGGAUUAUUGUAACUCGCUCUACGUGGGGCUGCCCUUGAGACUGACCCAGAAACUCCAGCGGGUGCAGAAUGCUGCAGCGAGACUCCUUACGAGGUCUUCGCUGCGAGAUCACAUUCACCCGGUGUUACACCAGCUGCACUGGCUCCCGGUGGAGUACAGGAUCAGGUUUAAGGUGCUGGUUUUAACCUUUAAAGCCCUAUAUGGCCUAGGACCCUUGUACCUACGGGACCGCCUCUCCUGGUAUGCCCCACAGAGAAACUUACGGUCUUCAAAUAAAAACAUCUUGAAGGUCCCAGGCCACAGAGAAGUUAGGCUGGCCUCAACUAGAGCCAGGGCUUUUUUGGCUGUGGCUCCGAUCUGGUGGAACACUCUGUCACAAGAGACCAGGGCCCUGCGGGACUUGACAUCUUUCCACAGGGCCUGUAAGACAGAGCUGUUCCACCAGGCCUUUGGCCAGGGCACAGCCUGACUCCCUCCCUCGGCAAUCUUCACGGAGCUCUGGCCCAAUGGUUGCCAGUGGCUUGAAUUAAUUAAUUUUAUAAUGAAUGAUUUUAGAGUGUUGUUUAUGCUGUACUUUUGUAUUGUUUUAUUGUUGUUAGCCGCCCUGAGCCCGGCUUCGGCUGGGGAGGGCGGGAUAUAAAUAAAAUUUAUUAUUAAAUUUAUUAUUCUUCUUUCACAUAGAAAGUCUUUGUGUAUCUGACACAUGGCCUGAUCUGUGACUUGCCAUGAUGUAGCAGCUGGUGAUGUAGUAUAGCUUGCUAGUGCAGAACAUGUUAUUAUUAAUUAUAUUUAUAUCUGACUGUGUUUAUUAAUGGUUUAUUGAUACAGUAAGCAAGACAUUUAAUAAUACUCCUCAAAGAAACAAAAAUGGAAAUAAAUGCCACUGUGCCAGAAGAAUGAGUGGAAAAAUGUGAAUUCCUAAGUUUCUUGUUAAGUGUAUAAGCAGUACAUAAUGCAUGUGCUUACAAGGUAGACAGUACCAGCAGUUCUUGUUAUGUGCAAAUUAUAAUGAAAAUUGUACAAAGGUGUGUUUAGGAAUUCAAGUAAUUAUCUGUUUACUAUAAUAUUAAAGUAAUAAUCAACAAAUCUCUUUCUCUUUAGGUGAUGAUGAUGAAUAUUUGAUAACAGGGACACAUCCAUAUCCCCCUGGACCUGGUAAGAUUUUGAACAAACUAUAUGGGUGAAAUUGAGUGCAAUUUUAGUAUAUAUAUUUUCCCCAGGAAGAUGCCACUAAUGAUACAGUGCUUGAUAGUCACUGUCUCUUAAUGAAGCUAGAGGAUACAAUACCAAAAAUAAUUGGAUGUGACUUACACAUGCAAGUUACACAAGUAAUGUUUACUGAAGUGUGGUUUGCAUCUACCUAAUGAGUUCUUACAUGUUAUAGUGGAAGUGCACUAGGCAAAUUUUGAAAUGUUUAAGUAUCUUUCAUUAUUCCAUCACUACUUGAAAUGAAGGAGAUGCAUUUGUUCUUAAACAUUUGGUUAUUAAAUCUUUGGAUAUCGGCUAAGAGAUAUGAUGGUCCUGGAAAAUUGGGGGAGGUGUUUCCCCCCAUUUUUCCUGUUGGGGGGGUGAGGGCGUUUCUGGGCCUUAACAUAUCUAGCUGUGCUGCUGUUUAGUGAAAAUUAACAGGGAGUAUUUCUCUCAUGGAACACUUUGAACCUAAGAAUUUCAUAAUUUAAACAUAUAUAUAUAUAUAUAUAUAUAUAUAUAUAUAUAUAUAUAUACACACACACACACACACACACACACACAGGCGCUUAAGUUGUUGUUAAAGUAUCUAAAGUGUCCAAAUGAGCGUUACAAGUUGUCCAGUAUACUUAGGUAUCCAGAGUAUCACGAGUUAUAUUUUUUUACCUGCAUUAUAGAGAACUAUAGUUUCAACCUGUUCCAAAGAGAGAAAAUUGACUCUUUGAAUUUUAAAAGCCAGUUUAGCCCUGUUAAAGUCAGGUAAAAUUAAAUCAACUAAAAUCUUUAGAUCCAUAGCAUUAAAUACAUAUGAUCAAUAAUGACUAAGUUUUGAGGGCUGGCUUUUGUCAGCAAGAAUAGAUUGAUCAGGAUUUAGUUGGUAACAAAAAGUAAUUAAGAUUUGUCUUAACUGUGUGUAUUUUCUCUUUUAUAAGGAGUGGCUUUGACUGCAGACACUAAAAUUCAGAGGAUGCCUAGUGAAUCAGCAGCUCAGUCAUUAGCUGUGGCGUUGCCACCUUCUCAGUCCAAGUAAUUAUAUUCCGUUAAAAGCAAAAUUAUUCUGUGUUUUUAACUGAUGAUUUUAGCUGAUGAAGUUUGCAUGGAAAAUGCAAUGUAAAGAACAGCUAUUUAAAUCUGUAUUAAUGGAAAUAGAAUAAUGUGUUCGAUCUGAAACUGAGCUUUUGGAUUUUUUCAUUGAUGCAGCUUCAUUUGUUUUUCUAUAUUGCUGAAAUUUAAGAACUGAAUGUUGUCUGAUGAGAUGGAUUGGAAUUACUGUGAGAGCCUUUUCCUUGUACAAUUGAUCAGCAUUUUGUUAGUUCUGAUUACCUCUCUGUGGAGAUGAGACGAAAAAGGGGGCUUUGGAUUAGGGAGUGAUGAGAAGACAAUGGCAUAUGUUCAGUUCUUUUCCAUUUUUGAGUGAAGUCUUUGCGGGACCUUCCGGUAAAAGCUAGUUUGCAAGGAUUUGAGCUGUGAGCCACGAAGUCCUGGUUCAGAUUUCACCUGUACCCACUAACCAUGCAGUUUACUAACCAUGUUCACUCAGAAGUGAGUCCCGUUCAAUUCAGAAGGACUUCCUAUUAAGUGUGCUUAGGUUUGCAGCCUAAAUGGCUGCCUCUUCAAAACCUUAGCCCUUCAUCUGCAGUAUGGAAGCAGUAAUGCUGACCAACCUUACAGGACUGUUUUAAGGACACUUUUUGUAUUUUUUACAUUUACAUGCACAAGAUUUUGUCAGUUACUUGAAAAGAAGCAACUGAAAACAAACGGCUGCUAACACUUUGUAGGAUAAUGUAUCUUCACUUUCUCUGCCUCACGUCCACUCCCCCUGCCUUUCCAGAAUGGAAUCAAAUCGAACUGCUUCUAGCGUUGGUGAUAUAUACAGACAUGCUGGAAUUCCUGAGCGCUCACAGCCUCCAGGUUUGACUCUGGUAAGCCCCAUUAAUUGAAAGCCUCUGAUGGAGAUGCAGUAAAUUUACCAAAUUGGAUUCUUAACAGUGACUUUGUUGGGAAUAGGGUUGUGACAGAAUGACACUGCAUAACCAUAUAGGGAUAGUAGAAACUUAUUGGGGCGGAGUGGGAUAUUUGUUGAGUGGAGUUUUAAAAUGUCUGUUCCUUUUAUAGGCUAUGAUGGAAGCUGGUGGGAACAAAAAUUCUGCAUUAAUGGCAAAGAAGGCUCCGACAAUGCCAAAACCACAAUGGCAUCCCCCAUGGAAGCUGUACCGAGUAAGUAAGAAAUAAGUUGCAAGGAUGAAUCUUAGGCUCAAACCUUAGGUUCAAGCGCACCCACACCUGCUCCAGUGCAAUCUAGAGCAUGGGUCAGCAAACUAAGGGCCGCGGGCCAGAUCAGGCCCAAUUGCCCUCUGGAUCUGGGACGGUCUUGGAAUUGCCGCUUGGAUUGGUGUGAUUGUUCAGACUGUGCCUUUUUUUUUUGCUAUUUUCCCCUGGGAGCCAUUCCCCCCACACCGCGGCGGCACCUCCCUCCCUCCCUCCUCCUGGCUUCUCCCUGCCCUGUGGAGGAAGGGAGCUGGGCUUUGAUUGGUGCGAGCCAGUCCGAAGCCUCGCCACCCGCGCAAUCCAUCUUAUUUUAUAACAAUCCAUCUCAUUUUAUAACAAUUGCAGGUUAUCAGUGGACACUUAGGUUGGGUGAGAUGUAUUGCAGUAGAACCAGGAAAUCAGUGGUUUGUUACUGGCUCUGCUGACCGAACUAUAAAGGUAAGAGAGAGCAAAGAACUGAAAAAUCACUGUCUGCUGCCAUUGAUGCUAUUUCAGGUGCUGUUAAGUAUUUCAUGACCAGCAUAAUUUAUUGCCCAUCUUUCUUUCUGUUACCUAGAAUUUUAGUUGCGCCAGUGUGCCAGAACUGGAAUUAAAUAAAAAACUGAGUUUUCAGACUUUAUAAUUCUGUUUAGAGAUUAAUUUUGUAUGCUGCUUAGGUCUUUGAGAUGUUGGACUCCAUUAAAUGAACAGUCUUUGAUGUCUUAACUUUUGCAAGAUCAUCAAAACAUUUGUUUCUCUUGCUUCAGAUCUGGGACCUUGCUAGUGGCAAACUGAAACUAUCUUUGACGGGGCAUAUUAGUACAGUUCGGGGUGUAAUUGUGAGUGGACGGAGUCCAUACCUUUUCUCUUGUGGAGAAGAUAAACAGGUGAAAUGCUGGGACCUUGAAUAUAAUAAGGUAAGCUAAGCACACUGGCAGCAGCUGAAAUUUUAUUAGUAAUUUAAAGAUUACCUAUUCAUGUAGCAUCCAGUUUUAACUGAAAUAUGUUUGAUGUGUAGGUUAUUAGGCAUUACCAUGGCCACCUGAGUGCUGUGUAUGGCUUGGAUUUGCAUCCAACAAUAGACGUGCUUGUAACAUGUAGCAGAGAUUCAACUGCACGUGUAAGUAAAACACAUAUAUCUGUGAUGUAUUUGAUCUGUCUCUUCUUACGUAAGAUAAUGCUUAAAUAGGUUUCCUGUCUCUUGCCAAUUUGGCUUCCAUUUCAAAAGGUACAAAUUCUACUUACCCUCCCUGGUUUAGGUUAUGUGAUUUGGUCAGAUCUAAAUCAUGCUAUGAAGACUGAAACUUGGCCUUUGAACAGGAAUGUAUGGCACUCCCUGUAUCUUACAUGGACAUAGUCUCUGUUUAGGCAAAUUGGGGUAUACCACCAUAUGCGAUAUAUGCUGUGAAUAUAUGUGUGCAUACCUGCUUGUCAAUAAUGUGUUGCUACAGGAAAAUACAAUUCUGUGUUCUUUUGUCUGAUUCCCAUUUAAAAAUAAUAAUAAUAAUGUCACAACGUAGGAAAAAUGUCGCAUGUGUGAAUCAGCUCUUCAAGGCAUGUAUGCCUCCUGCCUGCCUGCAGUUUAGUGAACAUUUAAUACUUGGUCGACAGCUUCAGUUUCCAUCCUAGUUUAUGUGUUUCAUUAUCUUCAGGGGCAUUAGGGUGGGUUGUAACACAUACUUUUGUAUGAGUUAAAUUUUUUGAAGGCUUCCUGUGGCCUACGAGUUAUUGCUUUGGCUACAGUUCAGUGUGGUAUCUGCCACUGCGGAAUACACAAAUUAUGAAAUGAUAUAGGGCAGUAAUUCUUAAAUGCUGGGCUCAAGUUCACAAGAAGAUGAGAGAAGUUUGAUGAUGAAAGGCCAGGCUGCUAACAAGUAAUACUGGAACUAAUAGGUGAGCAGAGGAAGAGUUGGCCUUCCACAUCAGGAGAGACCUGAGUGAUACAUACUUUUGUCAUUGGUUUUGAUGGUGGAUGGUGCAUUUAUCUGUUCUAAUUUGAUUCUAACCUCCCUAGAUUUGGGAUGUGAGGACAAAAGCGAGCGUGCAUACAUUGGCAGGACACACAAAUGCUGUGGCAACAGUGAAGUGUCAAGCGGCAGAACCACAGAUCAUCACGGGUAUGGUGGAAGUUGUUUACCAAAUGCAUACAGCAUAUCCAGCAGUUCACUGUUACAGUCAGCUGGAGUAUAGGGGAGGAAAAGUGCUGUUCCAAUUCCCAGACUCUCUUUGGAAACAUAUUGAGAACCAGAAAACAAUUGAUUUGCAGCCAUGUUGUGAAUUGAAGAUGGUAGAAUAUGUAGCCCAUUUUGCUGCUUGAUUUUCAGCUGGAAACUAGCAGUGGGAGUUUUUACAAUGUGUUGGUGGUAAUCCACUAACCAAUAGGAAGCUAUUUACUUACAAAUGUGUAUACAGCAGAUAGAAGGCCUUUUCAGAAAAGAAGUACCUUGGCGCUUUGAAAGUUUGACUAUUGGAUAAUCCUAAGUCCCCCCCAAGACAUUGAAAUGCAAUUUAAGAUAACAUUGAUGCAUAUGAUGGUGCCUUCUCUGCAGGGAUUCUCAGAAGCAGAGUUGUGAUUGUGAAACUUGGAAGUAUAACAAAAUUGGAGCAUGUGAUUCUUUAACAUACAGGCAGUUCAGAUACUUAUCCUAUCCACAUGCCUUUCUAAAAUCUGUUCUUAUUAUUUUGUAUUUACAGGAAGUCAUGAUACCACUAUACGACUCUGGGACUUAGUGGGAGGAAAAACACGGGUCACUUUAACCAAUCACAAGAAAUCAGUAAGAGCAGUAGUACUGCACCCAAGACAGUAAGAUUUUUUCAGGUUUUUUCCUCUCCUGUUAAUGUAAUGUAAUACAUAUAAUAAUAUAAUAUUAUAACUACAACAACUGCAACAAUGUAUAUUAUUGAAGAAAGUGGUAAAUUAAAUUGUUAAUCAGAUAUAGUAGUCUUUGGUUAACUGAACUUCCAAUACUUGCUAACAUAUACCUUGUUACAGGUACACAUUUGCAUCUGGGUCUCCGGAUAACAUCAAACAGUGGAAAUUCCCUGAUGGAAACUUUAUCCAGAAUCUUUCUGGUCACAGUGCUAUUAUCAAUACACUAGCUGUGAAUUCAGAUGGAGUUCUGGUUUCUGGAGGUAAAUGAGAAUUUUCGAAGUAGCUUGAAUAGGGACAUUUCUUUUUUCCCAUAUUAUUUACUGUAACAUGCUGUCUGCAGGGCUCACUUAUGCAGACAGUUCUGAAACACUGAAUAGCUCAGAGGUCACCAGUCCAUUUUGAUUGACUCCACAAAUGUAUAGCACUAGCAUUGAAAGAGUUUUGGGUCCCAGACUAUUCAAAAUACUGCUUUUAACAUUUAGAGCAAAGCUUUCCAAAUUGUAUUUUGACACAUCAGUGUGUUGGCGUCGCACGAAUGCUCCCUGCUUCUCCCGGGGCUAGAAAGUGGUUAGUUAAACCACUGGUUUGCUAGUAAAACUGAAUUACUGUGUCAUGAAAUGAUGCAUGUCUAAAAAGUGUGUCACCAACAAAAUUAGUUUGGAAAGCUUUGGUUUAGAGCAGGCAUCUCCAACCUGCGGCCCUCCCGAUGUUUUGGCCUACAACUCCCAUGAUCCCUAGCUAACAGGACCAGUCAGGGAUGAUGGGAAUUGUAGUCCAAAACACCUGGAGGGCUGAAAGUUGGGGAUGCCUGGUUUAGAGCCAUAAAUGAACUUGGCCCAAGUAUGUUGAGGGUGGUAAUUGGAAGAAUUCUUGUUCCAAAUCCCACCUUUAUCUGACAUUUGAUGGAGAUGAGGUGCAGGGCCUUCUAAAUGGUGGCACCUGUGUUUUAGUAUAGACUGCAGAUGGCAAGCACAAUCUUAAGAAACAUCCCCCCUUUAUCUUACGUAAGAUAAAAUGCCUCUUCUAAACUGAUGCCAGCUAUAACAUGUGCCUGCAUCAUCUGAAAGCAUAGUAUACUUGCUUCAGAACUACUUGCAAACCAACACAGGUUUAACUAAUUGAUGAACUGAUAUGCUGUAAUUCUAUAAAUGUUUCCUGGGAGAAUAAGCUCCAUUGAACUCAGUGGGGUUUGCUUCUGAGUAAAUGUGCAUAGGAUUGUGCUGAUGGUGCUGUUGUGAUUACAUAGAGUAAGUGGGGUUUUUUUUAUAAUAAAAACAUUAAAGUGAAUUUGGGCUGUAUGUUGAAUUGUAAAGCAGGUGUAACACUGAUUUUGUUUUUCAGCUGACAAUGGUACGAUGCAUCUUUGGGACUGGAGAACUGGGUAUAACUUCCAGAGAGUGCAUGCGGCUGUACAACCUGGAUCAUUGGACAGUGAAUCUGGAAUAUUUGCAUGUGCAUUUGAUCAGUCUGAAAGCAGGCUGCUUACUGCUGAAGCUGAUAAAACCAUUAAAGUCUACAGAGAAGAUGAUACUGCGGUAUGGAGAACCAUAUUCUUUUUCGCCACAUAUUUUAUAUAUAAAACUAGGUUUUAAGAUACUCUUAGGACAGAGAUUCUGGAAGCAUUAUCCCUAAACGCUGCUUACUGCUAGAGUGAUUACACAUUAGCUCGGGCAGCCGGCCUACUUCAGCAGCAAACGCAUCUCAUGGGAUGGGAAAAUGUAAUAAAAAAGCAGUCGCUACAAAUAGAGGGCAGUUAGGUUGCUUGCCUGUAACUUUCUAACAACAGUGGAAUAAAAUGAUUUCUAAUUCCAUUUUCAGCCUGAACAGGGUAGAAGUUUUAAAAUUGUUAAAAAGAAGAAAGUACUAUGCAUUUAUUCAGAGCAGAAAACGCUUGAUACUAGCAGAUGGCUGCUGCAUUUUAAAAGCAGACAAGUAUUUCCUUAGCCACACUGAUUAUCUGCGACACUUAGAGCACAAUCCUGUGCAUAGAAAGAAGUCCCACUGAAUUCUUAUUACAUGUGAGUAGGUUUGCAGCCUAUUACCUGUUGUGCAGAGUUCUGCUGCAUUACUUGCUCCAACUUAAGACUAUCAUGGCAGCAGCCUUCUGUCCAUUAUUAUUUCACUGUACAUCAAACUACACUUGUUUUACAGGGGAGAAAAUCACUCUUGAAUUUUUUAUUGGGAAUCUUUGAUCAAAGGAAACUGUGAAAUGUUUUCUGUUGCUUUAUUUUCUACUUUUAAACAAAAGCUUGUUACUGCAUAUCUUGAUUGUAUGGUGCAGUUGAGCCACUUAAAUAACUAUAGCACAUCCAGUAAACAAAUCUACCUGUGUCGUCAUCUACACACAUUUGAUGCAUUGAUCUAUAUUACACUCCAGCUGUGAAAUGGGAUUAGUGGCUUAUCUUACCAGAGCUUUUAAUUGAUAAAUUCUAAUGCUUGUGUGCAGAAGUUGAAAGAAACACACAGUGGUUUCCAGUGCUGCUGCCUCCUCUGCCACUGGAUACCACCCAUAAUAAACAUUUAUUGAUAUGGUUAUGUAUAUUGGACCAAAACUGAUAAUUUUUCCCCUCCUGUUGAUGGCAAUAUUUUUAUAUUUUUCUCUUAACUUCAGCUUGGAUCAAUAAACUUAGUUCAUCAAGAGUGUGAUUUCAUAGUAAAAUUCAAUGACGCUGAUCUUAUUAAAUAUUCUGACUUUAACACAAGCUGGAAUUCCAAUAUGUUUUUUCUUCCUUUUUCUUUUAAAAAUACUUCUAGACUGAAGAAACUCAUCCUGUCAGCUGGAAACCAGAAAUCAUCAAGCGAAAACGAUUUUAAUGAGAAUCCACCUGAAUAGCUGUGCCAUAAUCCUGACUCUGACUACAAAGCCUGAACUCUCCUCAAGUCAUUGCUUUGUUUAGUUUGCAGUUUUUAUAUUAUAUAUGGCUUCCCUCUAGGAUAUUAUCCUCUCUCUGAUCCCAGGAAAUCAGCUGCAGAUGUUACGCACAUCUGAAGAAGUGAAAGUUUCUUUUAAUAAAAUGGUAAUGUGCUGGUGAUCAUAGUCACCCAGUGUGUGCAUGUCAUUCUAUGUGGGCAGAAGGUGGUGUGAAUCCCACCUGCUCUUUUCUUGUAUCCCUCUUCUUUCCCCCGAGGAAAAAAAACAAAACAAAACUCCUGUUUGGUACUUGAUCCUACGGCACCAAAUAGUAAAACUGUUGGGGGGGAAAGCCAUUGUAAAAGUGAUUUAUGUCCUUAAUACAAUGUGCUACUUCACUGAGCUGUAAUGCAAUAAAAUAUAAAUUUCUUUUCCAGUUUGUUCUUGGGCGUUAACAACUAAAAUGCAGAACUGUGCUCUUAUAUGUUGUACGUGUGGUUCUGUUUCAGAGCAAUGGUUUUGACCAUCUCGUGUCAGAAUCCUACUUUAAAAAUUAAUGAAACAACCUCUUUAAAAUGCUUUCUGAUGAGUGUAUUAUUUGAUUCUCUGUUAGUCAAACUUUUAAAACACAACUCUUUUUAAGACUCCACAGACGAGGUAGAAGAGCAGCUCUGAAACGACACAAGCUUUUUGGCUGAGAUCAAAAGAGUCUUCUGAGUGAGUGGAAAUGCUUCCACUUACAAUGCGAUGGUUUAGCAAUUUUGCUUUCUGACUAGGGCUGGGCGAUAUAUCAAUAUAUGGUCCAAAACCAAUUUGAAGCUCACAUCGUGAUAAUUGUUUCAUAUUUGAGCAGGCAAUAUAUCGCGAAGCAUAAUGUGUGUAAGGGCUAGGUGAUACCUAGUUUUCACCAUCACGAUAACUCACCAGCUAAAGGUUGCAGUGUACCACAAUGUCUGAAAUAAGGAUGGAAUUAUACAGAGGUGAACAGGACAAUGUCCAGGCAACUGCUACUACUUAAGAGGUCUAAAACGGAUAAAUGACAGUAUUAUCAAUCACCACAAAGUCAGUUUCAUCAGCAGGCAAGCCAAAAUUCAUCCCAAUAGGACUUUUGGUUUGGGGCUUGGCUACGAAAUUGUGGCAUGUAGGACAAUCCAAAGUACAGCAAUGAGUCAUAGUGGAUACGAAUAAUCUGGGACUGCCAGGUCUCCUAGGUGGCAAAAGUAGCAGCAGCCGGGAGGUGGCAGAAUCAACAGCGGGGAAGGGGCAGAAGCAGUGGCAGCCUGGAAGCAGUGGCGCAAUAAUUGGCAGCCUGCGAAGCCUCGCCACAGCAGUAGGCAACAGCAGCCUCUGAGGUCUUGUAGUGGGGGCAGUAGUGGCCUGCAAGCCCUUGUAGUGGCAAAAGUGGCAAUGGCCUGCAAGGUCUUGUCAUGGCAGUUGCAAUGACAGUGGCUUGUGAGGCUUUGCAGUGGUGGCAGGAGGCAGUGGCAGAAGCAGAGGUGGCCUGCAAGGCCUCACUGAGGCAGGCUGCCAGCUUCCGCCACUUCCUCCCACUACCCUCAAGAGGACUUGCAGGCUGCCGCCACUUCUUGCCACCGUGGCGAGGCCUCGCAAGCCCCAAUGUUUGUGUGGCUAUGAGGCCUCGCAGGCUGCCACUACUAUUGCCAUCACCAUUGCCAGAAUAUUGCAAUAUUAUGUUGCCACCGCAAGGCCUCGCAGGAUGCUGCUACUGCUGUCACCUGUUACUGCCGCAAGGCUCCCCCCCCCCCCCCCGGGUCUCCACCGCGAGGACUUGUAGGCCACUGCCACUUCUGCUGCCAAAUCCUGUCACCACUGUGAGGCCUCACAGGCCAAUGCUGUUACUGCUGCCACUCUUUGGUAGCCAAGCCCAAAACCAAAAGUCCUGUUAGGAUGUCUUUUGGCUUGCCUGCUGCUGAAAGUGACCAUGAGGUGAUUGAUAAUAUCAUUUAUCAGUUUUAGCCCCUAAGUAGUAGCAGUUGCUAGAAAAACCACAGUGUGCCAACAUAACACUUUGGGUUUUGCCGUCAACUUGGAGAGCCCUCCCAAGGUGCCAUUUAGGUGCUUUGUUCCAGUCUUGCACACUUUUUAAAAUGGGUUGGAUAUCUUCAACAUCUUCACUUACACUGUUCCAAUAGCAUUUACAUGAGUAUAUAUUACACGUAUUUGUGUACAUAGAAAUUUAAUAUUGGCAGUGAAAUACUUGGUUUGUAAUAUUGGUUGUUAUCAACUGAAGUCCCAUAAAACCACAAGCUAGUGUUAACUUACACAUGAAUUGUCUAUUUUGGAAAAAAUGUUCUAUUACAGUUAACAGGUAUUGCAAGUGUGUGUUAAUGUAAUUAUGAUGCAAUUUAAACAAAAGUUUGACCUCGUGAAAUAGCGUUUAAUUUUCUCCCCAUAAUCUUCACAGUGGUGUAAGUGCCAACUCCCUGGGUUAAUACAAUUAAGGAUGUUUAAUGCCAAAUAGACAUAUUUAUGGUGUGGUGUGCAAGUUUCAUUAAAACAUAUUAAACAGCUCCAUGGCUGCACCAUAAGAUCAGCCAGGGACCUAAUUUGAAAAACUGCUCAGUUGGUUAGCUCCAUUUGGAUUCUCCUGUAUGUGCACGAUAACAUCUGCUCAUGGAAGAGCUAUUGUACAUUUCUCAUCAGAGCAUUAUGUCAGGAAAAAAACAGAAUAAAAAUAUAUUCUGCUUGUGGAAACGUGCAGUAUGCUCUAAGUUCCCGGUUUCAUCAUAUGUGCACAACCUGUAGCACAAAGAUUUGGAGAAUAGUGCUAAUGGCUAUGCACAUGGUUUCUCAUAUACUUUAUGAAACAAUUGCUUGUAAUAUGUUGAGCAAUCUGAUACCUAGUUUUUAACUAAAAUUGGUUGUAUUCCAGUUGGAAAGACUAGAGCAUUCAACUAAUUGCUGCUUGGCUGGUGUACUUUGUUGAACGUCAGUAUAUGGUGGUGUUUCAGAAAGUAACCACCUUUUACACACUGUUGGGACUCUGCUCCAGAAACAAGAGCCUGAUCUGGUCCUUGGAUCUCAGGCAAAAUCUUUGUGCUUGGUUUUCCUAAAAGGCUCACUAAACAAGCCCCAGCAGUUACCGUAGUUAGUCUGCAACUGACCAACAAACAGUAGGGGUCAACUGAGCUUAAAAGAAGCUAGAAAAGUGCAGACCAGGAACUCAGUCUUGAUGGUGAGCAGCAAAUUAGUUCCUUGGGCAAAUGUAAACAUUUGCCAAUACUUUGUAAACAGCUUUAAUUAUGAAACCUGUCAGAUGUGAAAGAUCAGGUGCGCCAUCAUGGUACGUUUUAAUAAAACAAUCUGAUAACGUUUGUCAGGAUCAGAUUGUGAGUCAUAACAACAAAGGCCUAGUGUCAGAGAAAUCUGCCCUGCCAGCACAGCAAUUUAUAGAAUCAGCCAAUUGUGUUUUGGAGGCUGGAGUAGAAUUCUGGGCCAUAGAAAUUUGGAGUGAUAGCAGUACCCAAGAUUUCAGUGGGCUUUGCCUUGAGUACUGUUUGGUUGGCUGUAGCAGAUCGUAACAGCUCUCGUCGCAACAGUUAGUGAUGUCCCGUUGGCAUAUAAUAGAAGAGCUGUUACCAUUUAUGAAUUCAGCCUAUAAUACUUUAGAAAGAAUAGGAGGUAUAAAAAUCUUGGGCAGCCUUGCUGUGCCAUAAAUUGUUCUUUGUCCUUCAGAUUGAAAACGUUUUUUAAACCAAGCCAGUAUUAAAACAAGCUUCAUAUGGUCAAGAUUACUGACUCCAGGGGUACAUUCAAUAUUACAAGUCUGCACACAUUUCAUUAAGUUUUAGAAGCAGAAAAGCUUUUGGCCCUUGCAACAUGACAAAUAGGAAACUGCAAAUAAUAUUCCUGCGUAUUUUAAUAAUUUUAUAAAUGUCAGCAGUUGCUUUCACAAGGAACUGAGUGGCUCAAAUGCAGGCCUGAGGGAGGAAAUGCAAAGAGCAGGUGUUGGAGAACAAUGCUUACUUAUUUGAACUUUUAAUUAGUAUUUUCAACAAUCUUAUUUACAUUCACACUGUGGGAGGUGGUGAUUAGAACAGUGAUUUCCCCAGACAAUAGUUUGGCACCACAGCCAGGAGAGCCAUUAUCACUGCCAGGUAAGGAUGCCUCUAGAAACACCUAUGGCUGCAAUCCUAAACACACCUAAGAAAAUAAGCUCCAUUAGAUACAGCAGAAAUUUUAAGUAAACAUGAAUAGGAUAACACUAUAUGGCAAAGGGACUGCUAAGCCAGCAACAAAUUUGGUGCAAUGACAAAAUAAAUAAUUCUUAGAUGCCAAGAUCCAAAUUUGGGGUAAGUACUCUGGUAUCCCAGCAAAGAUUUAAAAUCACAAUAUGCAGCAAAGUAUAUAAAGUAUGGAAAUAAAGGUUAUUAGACCUUUAAAAUAUGCCCUUUAGAGUGAGUUCCAAAAAUGUUCCCUUAAAAGUUUGUUUCCAAAGUUUUCCUCUUCCUCCAGCAUAGGGGAAAAAACCUUCACUUUUGGUAUGUUAAAAAAUGUUUUACUUACAAAUGCUUCAAAGGUCAGAUUCAUGUGCUUCAGAAAAGUUGCACAGGCAGUAAAACUUAGUUCAGUUACAAAGUGGCAAAAGUUCCUAAAUUAUUGGUCUAGGAACUUGAGCGGCUUAUAAAAGCCAUGCAGCUUGAGGCAGCAACUCAGAGCUCACACCCUGGAUCCACAUGUAGACUGAGGGUGAACAAUAGACUUGAUUACCUGUUUCCAGAAUUCUAGAUUAAGUCUGGCAGGACUGUAUGGUAUUAACCCCUUCAUGCAAUUAAUUAGAUUUAAGAAUGUUGGUUAGAUGAAGCUGGUUAUCCCAUAGAAAUAAGUGUUGGCACAGAACAAUGCUGUUGGCUCUAAUAAUUUUUCUUGCCUGUUUUUGUGCUUAGCAGUUUCUGUCAGAUAACAAAUCUGGAAUGCAUUUUGUAUGUUUUGCUCUUUUGUUAACUGAUACAAGUGUGGAAAUUUAGAAAGCUCCAUGUUACUUCAGAGUCAGAACUUGUUAAGUGUAUUUCAAAUUGGAAUCAGAACUCCUAUAAUUUCCUCUUAUCUGGUAGCAUGUACUGUUCUAAGUGUGUAAAAUUUCCUUUCCUACCAACAUGACUUAAAAGGGUUUUGUUUUUAAUAUUGUACAUAACUAUAAGAAAGGAAAACAAUUUCUUGUAACAUAAUUGCAAGUUUUAUGUGACUGAUUAGGAUCAUAAAGCUUCAAAACAGGAUUCUGGUAUAUGAAAACAUGCAGUGCGGAUUAGAGUGGGGAUGUUAUCAUUUGUUAAUGGAAGAUUGGGCAACAAAACUAAAUAUUUUGCGUGUUAAGUAAAAUAUGAAUAUUGUGUAUUCUCUGCAACUUAAUCACAAAUAAAAAUUUAAUUACUGAAGC